AUGGACAUGGACGUGGACGUGGACGUGGACGUGGACGUGGACAUGGACGUGGACGUGGACGUGGACGUGGACGUGGACAUGGACGUGGACGUGGACAUGGACAUGGACGUCGACGUGGACUUGGACGUGGACGUGGACGUGGACGUGGAGGUGGACAUGGAUGUGGACGUGGACGUGGACGUGGACGUGGACAUGAACGUGGACAUGGACGUGGACGUGGACGUGGACGUGGACGUGGGGAUGGACAUGGACGUGGACGUGGACGUGGACGUGGACAUGGAGGUGGACGUGGACGUGGACGUGGACGUGGACGUAGACGAGGACCUGGACAUGGACGUGGACAUGGACGUGGAGGUAGACAUGGACAUGGACGUGGACGUGGAGGUGGACGUGGAGGUGGACAUGGACGUGGACGUGGAGGUGGACAUGGAGGUGGACAUGGACGUGGACGUGGACAUGGACAUGGACGUGGACGUGGACAUGGACGUGGACGUGGACGUGGACGUGGACAUGGACGUGGACAUGGACGUGGACGUGGACGUGGACGUGGACGUGGACGUGGACAUGGACGUGGACGUGGACGUAAACGUGGACAUGGACGUGGACGUGGACAUGGACGUGGACAUGGACGUGGACAUGGACGUGGACGUGCACGUGGACAUGGACAUGGACAUGGACGUGGACGUGGACAUGGACGUGAACGUGGACGUGGACGUGGACAUGGACGUGGACGUGGACGUGGACGUGGACGUGGACCUGGAAGUGGACGUGGACGUGGACGUGGACAUGGACGUGGACAUAGACGUGGACGUGGACGUGGACGUGGACGUGUACAUGGACGUGGACGUGGACGUGGACUUGGACGUGGACGUGGACGUGGACGUGGACAUGGACGUGGACGUGGACGUGGACGUGGACAUGGACGUGGACAUGGACGUGGACGUGGACGUGGACGUGGACUUGGACGUGGACUUGGACGUGGACAUGGACGUGGACGUGGACGUGGACGUGGACGUGGACGUGGACAUGGACGUGGACGUGGACGUGGACGUGGACAUGGACGUGGACGUGGACGUGGACGUGGACGUGGACGUGGACGUGGACGUGGACAUGGACGUGGACGUGGACAUGGACGUGGACGUGGACAUGGACGUGGACGUGGAGGUGGACGUGGACAUGGACGUAGACGUGGACGUGGACGUGGACGUGGACUUGGACGUGGACGUGGACGUGGACGUGGACGUGGACAUGGACGUGGACGUGGACGUGGACGUGGACGUGGACGUGGACGUGGACCUGGACAUGGACGUGGAGGUGGACCUGGACGUGGACGUGGACGUGAACGUGGACGUGGACGUGGACAUGGACGUGGACGUGGACGUGGACUUGGACGUGGACGUGGACGUGGACGUGGACGUGGAUGUGGACGUGCACAUGGACGUGGACGUGGACGUAGACGUGGACGUGGACAUGGACGUGGACAUGGACGUGGACAUGGACGUGGAUGUGGACGUGGACGUGGACGUGGACGUGGACAUGGAGGUGGACGUGGACGUGGACAUGGACAUGGACGUGGACGUGGAUGUGGACGUGGACAUGGACGUGGACGUGGACAUGGACGUGGACGUGGACAUGGACGUGAACGUGGACAUGGACGUGGACGUGAAGGACGUGGACGUGGACGUGGACGUGGACUUGGACGUAGACAUGGACGUGGACAUGGACGUGGACGUAGACGUGGACGUGGACAUGGACGUGGACGUGGACGUGGAGGUGGACGUGGACCUGGACGUGGACGUGGAGGUGGACGUGGACGUGGACAUGGACGUGGACGUGGACGUGGACGUGGACAUAGACGUGGACGUGGACGUGGACGUGGACAUGGACGUGGACAUAGACGUGGACGUGGACGUGGACGUGGACAUGGACGUGGACGUGGACGUGGACUUGGACGUGGACGUGGACGUGGACGUGGACAUGGACGUGGACGUGGACGUGGUCAUGGACGUGGACAUGGACGUGGACGUGGACGUGGACGUGGACUUGGACGUGGACUUGGACGUGGACGUGGACGUGGACGUGGACGUGGACGUGGACGUGGAGGUGGACAUGGACGUGGACGUGGACGUGGACAUGGACGUGGACGUGGACGUGGACAUGGACAUGGACGUGGACGUGGACGUGGACGUGGACGUGGACGUGGACGUGGACGUGGACAUGGACGUGGACAUGGACGUGGACGUGGACGUGGACGUGGACGUGGACUUGGACAUGGACGUGGACGUGGACGUGGACGUGGACGUGGACAUGGACGUGGACGUGGACGUGGACGUGGACGUGGACGUGGAUCUGGACCUGGACGUGGACAUGGACGUGGACCUGGACGUGGACGUGGACGUGGACGUGGACGUGGACGUGGACGUGGACGUGGACAUGGACAUGGACGUGGACGUGGACGUGGACGUGGACAUGGACGUGGACAUGGACGUGGACAUGGACGUGGACGUGGACGUGGACGUGGACAUGGACAUGGACGUGGACGUGGACGUGGACGUGGACAUGGACGUGGACGUGGACGUGGACGUGGACGUGGACAUGGACGUGGACGUGGACGUGGACGUGGACAUGGACGUGGACGUGGACGUGGACGUGGACGUGGACCUGGACCUGGACCUGGACGUGGACGUGGACCUGGACGUGGACGUGGACGUGGACGUGAACAUGGACGUGGACGUGGACGUGGACGUGGACGUGGACGUGGACCUGGACCUGGACCUGGACGUGGACGUGGACGUGCACAUGGACGUGGACGUGGACGUGGACGUGGACGUGGACGUGGACGUGGACGUGGACAUGGACGUGGACAUGGACGUGGACGUGGACGUGGACGUGGACGUGGACGUGGACAUGGACAUGGACGUGGACGUGGACGUGGACAUGGACGUGAAUGUGGACGUGGACGUGGACAUGGACGUGGACGUGGACGUGGACGUGGACGUGGACAUGGACGUGGACGUGGACGUGGACGUGGACGUGGACAUGGACGUGGACGUGGACGUGGACAUGGACGUGGACAUGGACGUGGACGUGGACGUGGACGUGGACGUGGACUUGGACAUGGACGUGGACGUGGACGUGGACGUGGACAUGGACGUGGACGUGGACGUGGACGUGGACGUGGACGUGGACCUGGACCUGGACCUGGACGUGGACGUGGACCUGGACGUGGACGUGGACGUGGACGUGGACAUGGACGUGGACGUGGACGUGGACGUGGACAUGGACCUGGACCUGGACCUGGACGUGGACGUGGACGUGCACAUGGACGUGGACAUGGACGUGGACGUGGACGUGGACGUGGACAUGGACGUGGACUUGGACAUAGACGUGGACGUGGACGUGGACGUGGACAUGGACAUGGACGUGGACGUGGACGUGGACGUGGACGUGGACGUGGACGUGGACGUGGACAUGGACGUGGAGGUGGACGUGGACGUGGACAUGGAGGUGGACGUGGACGUGGACGUGGACGUGGACGUGGACAUGGACGUGGACGUGGACGAUGACGUGGACGUGGACGUGGACAUGGACGUGGACGUGGACAUGGACGUGGACGUGGACGUGGACGUGGACAUGGACGUGGACGUGGAGGUGGACAUGGACGUGGACGUCGACGUGGACGUGGACGUGGACGUGGACCUGGACGUGGACGUUGACGUGAACGUGGACGUGGACGUGGACGUGGAGGUGGACGUGGACGUGGACAUGGACAUGGACGUGGAGGUGGACGUGGACGUGGACAUGGACAUGGACGUGGACAUGGACAUGGACAUGGACGUGGACAUGGACGUGGACGUGGACGUGGACGUGGACGUGGACAUGGACAUGGACGUGGACGUGGACGUGGACAUGGACGUGGACGUGGACGUGGACGUGGACAUGGACGUGGACAUGGACGUGGACGUGGACGUGGACGUGCACAUGGACGUGGACAUGGACGUGGACGUGGACGUGGACAUGGACGUGGACGUGGACGUGGACAUGGACGUGGACAUGGACGUGGACAUGGACGUGCACAUGGACGAGCACAUGGACGUGGACAUGGACGUGGACGUGGACAUGGACAUGGACGUGGACGUGGACAUGGACGUGGACGUGCACGUGCACAUGGACGUGGACAUGGACGUGGACAUGGACGUGGAUAUGGACGUGGACGUGGACGUGGACGUGGACGUGGACGUGGACGUGGUCAUGGACGUGGACGUGGACGUGGACGUGGACAUGGACGUGGACGUGGACAUGGACGUGGACGUGGACGUGGACAUGGACGUGGACAUGGACGUGGACGUGGACAUGGACGUGGACUUGGACAUAGACGUGGACGUGGACAUGGACGUGGACUUGGACGUGGACGUGGACAUGGACGUGGACGUGGACGUGGACGUGGACAUGGACGUGGACAUGGACGUGGAGGUGGACGUGGACGUGGACAUGGAGGUGGACGUGGACGUGGACGUGGACGUGGACGUGGACAUGGACGUGGACGUGGACGUGGACGUGGACGUGGACGUGGACAUGGACGUGGACGUGGACAUGGACGUGGACGUGGACGUGGACGUGGACAUGGACGUGGACGUGGAGGUGGACAUGGACGUGGACGUCGACGUGGACGUGGACGUGGACGUGGACCUGGACGUGGACGUUGACGUGAACGUGGACGUGGAGGUGGACGUGGAGGUGGACGUGGACGUGGACAUGGACAUGGACGUGGAGGUGGACGUGGACGUGGACAUGGACAUGGACGUGGACGUGGACGUGGACAUGGACGUGGACGUGGACGUGGACGUGGACAUGGACGUGGACAUGGACGUGGACGUGGACGUGGACGUGCACAUGGACGUGGACAUGGACGUGGACGUGGACGUGGACAUGUACGUGGACGUGGACGUGGACAUGGACGUGGACAUGGACGUGGACAUGGACGUGGUCAUGGACGUGGACGUGGACGUGGACGUGGACAUGGACGUGGACGUGGAGGUGGACGUGGACGUGGACGUGGACGUGCACAUGGACGUGCACAUGGACGUGGACAUGGACGUGGACGUGGACGUGGACGUGGACAUGGACAUGGACGUGGACGUGGACAUGGACGUGGACGUGCACGUGCACAUGGACGUGGACAUGGACGUGGACAUGGACGUGGACAUGGACGUGGACGUGGACGUGGACGUGGACGUGGACGUGGACAUGGACGUGGACGUGGACGUGGACGUGGACAUGGACGUGGACGUGGACGUGGACAUGGACGUGGACGUGGACGUGGACGUGGACAUGGACGUGGACAUGGACGUGGACGUGGACAUGGACGUGGAAUUGGACAUAGACGUGGACGUGGACAUGGACGUGGACUUGGACGUGGACGUGGACAUGGACGUGGACGUGGACGUGGACGUGGACGUGGACAUGGACGUGGACAUGGACGUGGAGGUGGAUGUGGACGUGGACGUGGACAUGGAGGUGGACGUGGACGUGGACGUGGACAUGGACGUGGACAUGGACGUGGACGUGGACGUGGACGUGGACGUGGACGUGGACAUGGACGUGGACAUGGACGUGGACGUGGACGUGGACGUGGACAUGGACGUGGAUGUGGAGGUGGACAUGGACGUGGACGUGGACGUGGACGUGGACGUGGACGUGGACCUGGACGUGGACGUUGACGUGAACGUGGACGUGGAGGUGGACGUGGAGGUGGACGUGGACCUGGACGUGGACGUGGACGUGGACGUGACGUGGACGUGGACGUGGACGUGGACGUAG